AACAAUAUUUAAAUACACCACGUUUAGAUUCACUCUCACGCAACUCUCGCAACUUCUAAUUACACGAUCCAUACUACACGAAGAUUACUGCGUUACCUAAUCCCGACAGUAAGCCGACGCGAAUGCACUCGUGAUGCGGUGAAGCAGGCUUGCAAUGAUCGAUCGGUAUCGGAUCAGGCACUAGAUUUUCAGUCGUUCAUACGCACGGUGCACUGUCGGUUGCAAUGUGAAGAGCGAACACAUUUCGAAGCGCAGUCAAACGGUCGUUGAUCCUUUUCUUCCACCCUUUUUUUGAGAGUGUCCUAGAAUCGAUUGAAAGGUCAUCGAAGCAGCAACAAGUCGCGCCACGCGCUAGUGCAACAGGUCGUCCCCGAAACCGAAGGCUCGGCAUCCCGAACCCAUCUCGAACGCGCAUCUUCAUAUACGUCGUUUUUCCAGCGUUAGCAAGAAAACAAAAAGCUACACUACCAGAACCAUGCCUUUCAAGCCAGCGGAAAACCCCAAGUGCCCCAAGUGCGGCAAAUCGGUGUACGCCGCCGAGGAGCGUGUCGCCGGAGGAAACAAAUGGCACAAGCAGUGCUUCAAGUGCGGAAUGUGCGGCAAGAUGCUCGACUCCACAAACUGUGCAGAGCACGAAAACGAACUUUACUGCAAGAACUGCCACGGUCGCAAGUACGGACCGAAGGGUUACGGUUUCGGUGGAGGCGCCGGCUGCCUCUCGAUGGACACUGGCGCCCAGUUUCAGGGCGAGGGCACGAACGGACACUUUGAACCGAAACCAAUGUCAAAGGCACCUGAAGGAGAGGGUUGCCCUCGGUGUGGCGGAUUUGUUUACAUGGCCGAGCAAAUGUUGGCACGUGGAAGAGGUUACCAUCGGCGCUGCUUCAAAUGCUUAGUGUGCAACCGUACGCUUGACUCCACGAUCCACUGUGAUGGACCGGAUAAAGAGAUUUACUGUAGAGGCUGCUACGCCAGUCGGUUUGGUUCUCGUGGUUAUGGCCACUCGGGAAUCUCUUCCCUGGGGUUAAUGAGUGAUGCGCGCGAUUUGGACUACAAGAGUGAGUUUGCACCAAAACCGUCCGCUGUGGAUACGACGGUCAUUAAGGCUACGCCCGGACAGGGUUGUCCACGUUGCGGCGGUGUAGUGUUUGCGGCCGAGCAGGUCCUUUCGAAGGGACGUGAGUGGCAUCGCAAGUGCUACAAGUGUCGCGAUUGCAGCAAAACGCUCGAUUCCAUCAUUGCGUGUGAUGGUCCGGAUCGGGACGUGUACUGCAAGACCUGCUACGGCAAGAAGUGGGGUCCGCAUGGAUACGGAUUUGCCUGCGGAUCCGGUUUCCUGCAGACUGAUUGCAUGAGUGAGGAUCAGCUAGCCUCUCAGAAGCCGAUGGUCACGAUCGACACUACCGUGAUCAAGGCACCGCAAGGUCAGGGAUGUCCACGGUGUGGCGGCAUGGUGUUUGCUGCUGAGCAGCAGCUGGCCAAGGGAACGAUGUGGCACAAGAAAUGUUUCAACUGCAAUGAAUGUCACCGACCGCUCGAUUCCAUGAUUGCCUGUGAUGGUCCGGAUCGUGAGAUCCAUUGCCGCGCAUGCUACGGCAAGCUGUUCGGACCGAAGGGAUUCGGUUUCGGACACACGCCAACACUGGUCUCCACCGAUGCCCAGGCUGCUCCUGUACACACCGACGCAAAGCCAGCAAAUGGACCAAAGGCAAAGGAUGGCAAAGGAUGCACCCGGUGCGGUUAUGCCGUGUACGAAGCCGAAAAGAUGCUGAGCAAAAACCGCAUCUGGCACAAGCGAUGCUUCAGUUGCUUCGAAUGCCACAAAUCGCUCGACUCGACGAACCUGAACGAUGGCCCGAACGGAGAAAUCUACUGUCGGGGCUGCUACGGUCGCAACUAUGGUCCACGGGGUGUCGGUUUCGGAAUGGGUGCCGGCACGCUAACAAUGGCCUAAGUUCACAUUAUUGUUUGUUGGGUUUUUAUUCUCCCUCUCUCUCUCUCUUUUAAUUGUCUUUCUUAUUUCAAUGUUGGUAACGAUUUCGUUGUACUCGCAAAAAAACAGUCCCAAAUACACACACAUACACACCUACGGAGCACUAAUCGUUUCAGGAAGCGACGGGACACAGUAAAUAAGCAGUGUGCAAUUUCCAGCCGAUAGAUGGCACCACCUGCAACGGACACGAUCGCAUAGAGUAGCAUUCCGAAUGAUCGUUUGUGAUCGUACAGUCGCUAUCCUUGUUUCGAUUGGUGCGUAUUCUAGCCAAACGGUCAAUGGCCGUCCCACCACACAUCGCACCCAUUUUGUUUCUACCAGCCUAACCUGUAACCCAUUUUUCGCGAGCUCUGUAGCGUCCGCUCUUUCGAAAAACAAACAAAUCAAAACGUAACUUAGACGUUGUAAGAUGAUUCUUUUAUUGUUUUCACUAGAUGUAAGCUUUGCUGCUCGUACAAAUAUUAAAACUGCGCCAAAUUGCACACCAACAAACGGCAUGAAACAAACAAACGCAACACACAAUUGAUGUGUUUGAAUUGAUCACAAUUUUCCAUUCGGAUGCGGUGAAGCUUACGGUAGAUUAUUUUAUUUUUUGUGGAUUUAACGGAAAGACGAACGACCGGGUCCGGGUCCGGGACCUGCGAUCAUUUCGAGGUUAGAAACCAUACACUGCACACCGAUCAUAUCUACAUUACGCCGUCACGUUAGGGAAAAGGGAAGGAUCAUAUCGAAACGAUCGAAUCGGUGGGACGAUUAAUGUGGCAACCAGGUCAGAUAUAUUCGCGUCCGGUAUUUAAAGACGCAUAAGUUUAAUGCGUUUGAAAGGGAUUCAGAUCAUUAUUGGAAUAGCUAGUGAAUAUGUGACCGUUCGCUUAAUGCAUCACGCUCAACUCACCAUACUCUAGAGAUGCUGUGCCCAAUUUGUUUUGCUAGACGAGUUGUUUGCUAACCGUGUUGAUGUAGUGCAAAAUUUGUUUGCCAAAGCGCCAACCAUAUGGCUAGCUGAACCAGUUUUUGAAGGCGAUGCCAGGGAUCGAAUCGGGAUGCAAAAAAAAGGUAGAGCAAAACCGAUUCCGUGAUGCCGCCUCGUUGUGAACACGCCAAAUGCUUCUUUCCUCGUUGUAUUAGAAGCAUGACUACCACUAAAUUCGGAAGGUAAAAAAAACGUUUUUUAUUUGUAUCGUAAACCUAAUUAUAUCACACUAUAUAUUACCAUUGUAAUCGCUAACUUCUACUAUUACUUUUUGUGAAACAGAAGUAAUUAAAACAAUUACAAAAAAAAUGCGCAACCGAUAACAUAACGUGGAACUUUAUAAGAAAACGAUAUUUUAUCAAUAAAGGAACGGAAACAGCCUA